AUGACCAGCACGAUCGGUAUACCAAUAAAAUUGCUCAAUGAAGCUCAAAAUCAUGUCGUUACCCUCGAAAUCACAUCCGGUCAAGUCUACCGUGGCAAGCUCAUAGAAGCUGAAGACAACAUGAAUGUUCAACUAAAGGACAUUACGGUCACUGCGCGCGAUGGGCGAGUCAGCCAUCUCGACCAAGUAUACAUACGCGGCAGCCACGUACGAUUUUUCAUCGUUCCAGACAUGUUGAGAAAUGCGCCAAUGUUUCGAUCGAGAGGGCAACGAGGGCGUGGUGUCGGCUUGGCGAGAGGUCGUGCGACAGUUAACAGGGCGAGGGGACAGCGAGGUCCAAGAGGAUAA